UUACCUACCUGGAAUCUGUAGAGAUGAAUGUUAUGGAGAUUGAAGACGUUGGAGGAGUUAGCUGUGUGGAUGGUGCAGAGAGGAAUGUUAUUGAGACUGAAUACAAUGUUGGAGACGUGAAUGCUAAGGGUGGUGGAGAUUGUGGAGAAGUGAAUGAUGGUCGUGUUGAUGGUGGAGAACCAAGUACCGGAGAGACUGGAAUAAAACGCUCCAGAGCAAAGCACAACUGUCCGUUUCCGUCCUGUAAAGCUAGUGUGGUUCACCUUCCCAGGCACAUGAGGCAGGUCCAUGGAUGGAGUAAAGCAGACUCAACUGCUGUGCUAGGAACCUUUGACUUGCGGAAUUCAAGACCAGCUUCAUCAUCAGCUGUAAAGAAGCGAAAACAUGCGAGAAAGGUGUGCCCAGUGCGUGAUUGUGGUUCCAUUGUGAAAAGGAUCCAUAACCAUCUUGCACAAAAGCACAACAUUAAAAGGGGGAGUCCUCGAUUUGUGCAGUUGGUGAAGAAUACGGAAAACUACGAACCUGCAGUGGUAGAUUGUGAAAUGACGUCCCAUGAAUCUUCUGUUAACAGUAGUGACGAAGACCAGUCUGAAGAUCAGUGGAGAAUGAAAAAGCCAGGCUCAAGUGAAGUUUAUCAAACUGUUUAUGAUAGUGAGGAUUCAGCGGAAUAUGAUUGGAUCCUCGAAAAUAUUGUUAAGGGUGGUGGCAAGAAAGGUGGUAAAGAUGUCGAUGAUAGGAGAUAUGAGGGCAAAUGCGGUGGCGGUGACUAUGGUGAUGGAGAGGGCAAAAGUGGUAGUGCUAACUAUGAUGAUGAAGACAUUGGUGGUGACGAAUAUGAUGGUGGACACUGUGGUGGUGGUGAGUUUGGUGGUGAAAACAAUGUUGGUGGUGGAGACAAUGUUGGUGAUGGUAAGUUUGGUGGUGAAAACAAUGUUGGUGGUGGUGAGAUAUUAGGUGGUGAGGACAGUAAUGCUGUUGAUGGUGACGGUAAUGAUGUUGACGGUAAUGAUGCUGGUGGUGAUAUUGGUGGUGAUAUUGGUGAAACUAAAAGUGGCCAUGUUUCACCAAUUAGUAUCGAUGACAAAGUGACAGUAAGCAACUUCAAAGAUUGGUUAAGGGGACCAGAUGGUGGCCGAAAGGAUGAAAAAUGUGCAAGACAGUGUAUGCGGCAGGUGGAGAUGGUUAUGCAGGUCAUCACCCCGGCUGCUCCAUCGAUAUCAGGCCUCUUGUCCAAGUCAGUGCUGAGAGAUAAGUGGCUAAGUAUAAUUGAAAAAGAGAAGAAACCUGGUACUGUUAAAUCGUAUCUUGGGUCCCUCAACCUGUUCUUCGUUUACCUGCGUACAGAAUGUCCAAACAAAUUUGAGGAGCUGGAUGUAAAUGAAGGCCAGCUUGUAAGCUUAUCGGAACAGGUCAAGUUAUGGGCCAAGUCUUCUCGGAAGAUGGCCCAAAAUCGUUUUUGGGAAAAACGUGUAGAGGAUAUUGAAACAUUGAAGACACCAGAAGAUAUUAAACGGUUUGACACUUCAGAGGUUGCACGGAAGGCGGUUAAAAUACUUGGGGAAAUCCAGACAUGCCCAGACAACCAUUUGGUAUCAAAGGCAGAGUACACCAUUGUGCGGGACUACAUCAUGUCCCUGAUUUGCAUUAACAACGGCAGCAGAUCUGGUCCCAUUGCCAACAUGACCAUGGAAGAAUUCCAAAACGCCAUACAGCAAGAUGACUGCUAUGUUGUUAGGGUGAAGAAACACAAGACGUUUACCACCCAUGGACCGGCUCACCUUGUCUUGUCGUCUUCGCUUCAUAAUUAUAUGAAAGUAUUCAUUGACAAAUUACGGAACUUUCUACCAGAUUUUACACCACAAAGCACAGUUUUUUUGAGUUUUAGAUGCACACCACUAGAUUCAUCCCAAGUCGGUGCCCAAAUUGGCUCAUGUUGGGGCAAAGUAUUUGGAAAAGAAGCUUCCAUGGGUGGUGCAACUUCGUUCAGGAAGGCUGCUGUUUCGGCCGUUAACGAAAGUAACGAAGAUAUGCGGGGUGAUCUAGCAGAUCUCAUGGUACACCACAAAACUACGGCAGACAAAUUUUACUUGCUAAAGAAUAAGGGGAAGUCUGCCGUUAAAACAUCAAAGGAACUGUCACGCAUUAUGCGUGAUGCCACAGAGAAGACAGAAACCAGCGAUGAACAACAAGAUAAGCAACCAGCCGAUAAAGAAGCUGACACAUCAGAUCACAGACACAAGUGGUCAAGUGAAGAAAAAGAUGUACUAAAACAACUUUUUGCUGCCCAAAUCCAAACAAAAAAAGUAUCGAUGGAAGAAGUUAGGGAGCUUUGCAAGGGCCACCAAUUGCUUGGGGAAAUUCCUCCUUCCAAGAUAAGGGAUAAAGUUCGAACCUUCUUCAACUUGAACAGCACCGAAAUUGAAUCGUCCCUGCCACCACAAGAACAAGAGUCUGCUGAGGAGAAACUGAAACGUUUUGGCGUAACAAUUCCUACUG